AUGGAUGCGAUCCCCAACUAUCGACUGCGCGUGAAGAACCCGGGUCUGUGUGAUACCAGCGUCGAACCAGACAAGCACUUUUUCUUCUGGUUCUUUGAAGCACGCAAGGUCAAGCACGAAGAUGCGCCGCUCAUUCUGUGGCUCAACGGCGGCCCUGGGCUGCAGUUCGGUGGCAACGGCACAGACCACAAUCCGUUUAGUUGGAAUGAUCGUGCGCACAUCAUCUUCCUUGACCAGCCCACCAAUGUUGGCUUCUCAUACUGGGACGUCAAUGCGUUGCUCCAACUGUUUUACAAGAGCUUCCCGCAGUAUGCUAACAGCGAGCUCCAUGUUUUCGGGGAGUCAUACGGCGGCCACUAUGUCCCGGCUGUGGGCAAGGCAAUCCAUGAGGCGAACAGGGAAUUGGAGAGCAAGCGAAAUCCCUAUGACGUGCGGCGCUACUGCGUCGGCAACGGGCUAUGCUACGAAAUCGAGGACGACAUUGACACCUAUCUGAACAAUGCUGGCGUGCAGAAGGCACUUGGUGCUGAAGUCAAGAAGUUUGAGUCGUGCUCGGAGAAGGUUGGAACUGGUAUAUUCCCGCCCCUUCUUGCUGACAACAUCCGUGUGCUUAUCUACGCUGGGGAUGCUGACUUUACAUGCAAUUGGUAUGGCAACAAGGCGUGGUCGAUGGAGCUCGACUAUGGUUGGUGGACUGGUGUGGGUGCUGGCGAGGUGCGCACCCAUGAAAAUUUCACUUUCCUGCGCGUGUUUGGUGCCGGACACAUGGUUCCGUAUGACAAGCCCAAGGAGUCUCUAGACAUGAUCAACCGCUGGCUCGACAGAAAGCCAUAUUGA